UUACGCUGGUACGGUAACUGACUUCAGGGUAAUACAGUAAAGUGAAACUGUCCUGGCCAGGUACUAUAGGCUAUAUAAAGUAAUCGCCUCAAGUGAUUAUCACUGAAGUGAAAGAAGAUAGUCAUACAGAAACACUACUAGACAAGCACACAAUCAGCUAUGUCGCCAAACAACAAGUGGAUAGGGAGGGGCCUGCAUGCCAGCCUGUUGUACCUGGUUUUAUUUGUGUGCCUGGUGCGCACCGCUACUCUGGACGAAGAAGAUAUUGAGAUUGAUGAUGAGGAGGAGGAAGACCUGGAGUAUGAAUACAGUAUAAAACAAGACAGACACACCUGUGGAAGCGGUCAAACUGGUCAGUAUCCAUUCUGUAAGGACAAGGAGCAGGUCAUUCACCACUACGUCGACACAAGGGAUGAGUGUGGAGAGACAGACUUCAAGAAAGUGCGGGGGGAAAUGCAGCUGAUGAUCCAGGACCGACGAAAGAAGAUGAAGGAGAUCGUACACUCUGCAAAACUCAUCGAGAAAAAUGUGGAGAGGGAGAAAGAGGACACUUUGCUGUUCCUGACUGAAGUGACACGGCUCAUUCAGAAGACCUAUGUAGAUGUCAUUGAGGAGAUCGAAAAGAAGCAGAAAGCAUCAACAACCAUGGCUAUAGAGCACAUUCUAGAGCUAACACAGGAAAUCUCUAAACUACAGGAGAGAAGCUCUGAACUGGAGCGGCUCUCACACAUUGAGGACCACCUUCACCUUCUCCAGAUGUUCCCGUCCCUGUGUACCCCACCGGCCACCAUUGACUGGUCUGAGGUCAGCAUUCACAGUGAUCCAAGUGUGGGGUCUAUGAGGAGAGCUGUGAACAAGCUGAGAGAAGCACUCAAUAGUGAAGAGAGCAGGCUGUCUGCAGCUGAGUUGGGAAGGAUUAAGACGUGUGCAGUGGAUGUGACUCUGGACCCUGACACAGCACAUCCGUACCUCAUUGUCUCUGAAGACGGGAAACAAGUGAGAAUUGGAGAUCUCCGGCAAAAUGUCACAGAUGGCCCUGAAAGGUUUAAUUCAGUUGUUAAUGUCCUGGCAAAGGAGGGCUUCUCCUCAGGGAGAUUCUACUAUGAGGUGCAGGUGAAAGGUAAGACUAGGUUGGAUUUAGGAGUGGCCAUAGAGUCCAUCAACAGGAAGAGUGGGGUCACCCUGAGCCCUGGCCAUGGAUACCUGGCUAUAUGUCUGAGGGAUGGGGAUAGGUAUGUAGCUGCUGAAAGCCCUGCUAUCCUCAUCGCUCUUAGCCAGAAGCCCCAGAAGAUAGGGGUUUAUGUUGAUUAUGAACAGGGCCAGGUCUCCUUCUAUGAUGUGGAUAACAGGUCUCAUAUCUACUCCUUCACUGAUUAUUCUUUCAAUAAGAAACUCUAUCCCUUUUUUAGUACUGGCACCGACGACGACGGUGAAAACUCAGCCCCAUUAGUCAUUACCCCAGUCAAUCAACAACUGAGUAUUAAUUUCUUCACUUUUGAAAAAGCCUGAAAAUUGAUAAAAUACAACUUACAAUGUGUAUAUACACUGAGUAUACAAAAUAUUAGCAACACCUUCCUAAUAUUGAGUUGCACCCAACACUUUUGCCCUCAGAACAGCCUAAAUUCAUCAGGGCAUAGACUCUACAAAGUGUCGAAAGCGUUCAACAGGGAUGAUGGCCCAUGACUCCAAUGAUUCCCACAGUUGUGUCAAGUUGGCUGGAUGUCAUUUGGGUAGUGGACCAUUCUUGAGUGUGAAAAACUCAGCAGCGCUGCAGUUCUUGACACACUCGCGCCUGGCACUUACCACCAUACUCUGUUCAAAGGCACUUCAAUCUUUUGUCUUGCCCAUUCACCCUCUGAAUGGCACCACAUACACAAUCCAUGUCUCCAUUGUCUCAAGGCUUAAAAUUUUUUCUUUAACCUGUCUCCUCCCCUUCAUCUACACUGAUUGAAGUGAUGUCAAUAAGGUAUCAUAGCUUUCACCUGGUCAGUCUAUGUCAUGGAAAGAGCAGGUGUUCCUAAUGUUUUGUACAAUCAGUGUAUUGAGGCUGUCAGAGUUAGUUUACAUUUUGUUAUUAAUUGCAUUGUCUGAAUGCGUUCAAAAUAAAUUGAAAACAUCAAAAAUACAUAUCAUAUACACCUAAAAAACAAGGCUAAAGAAAGUGUGCUUUGUCAAUUUACCUGAUUUUGUUAACUGUUACUUUGGACAAAAUCAAGACUUCAAUAUUCUUGUAAUGCUUUUUGUAUAAAAUCAUCUUAAAUUACUGCUCAAUUUGAGCUAAUUCUGAAUAUGCAAAUAAUUGUGAUUUAUCACAGCAAGUCCUGCGAUUAAUUAUACUUAAAAAUGGUAUUGUUUCACGGCCCUAGUAUCUGUAGAAUAUCAUUAUAUAUCAAUGUUUAGGGAAGCACAUUGGGAAAGCACUGUGUUACAUCAAAUCAGAUCAUACAAUUGUUUUCCAUUUACUUUUUUGUUGCAAGUUGUUUCAAAUGUCAUAUUUCAAAAUGUCUCUCCAGUUUUCCCCUUCUUGAAGAAAUUAAAGGUUAUAAAUUACAUUAACUGAAGGUCUAAUUAAAUGAAUCCAUUCAGCCAACAAUACGUCUCAAGGUCCUUGUGGUUUUCCAUUCAGAACAUUCUGAAUGACACAACGCCUUCCACCCUGACAACUCUUAUGUCAAGGUGCAUGUGGUUCCUCCAUCCAGAAGCAUCUGAAUGACAACACUUUUCACCCUUAGAAUUCUACAGUAUACUCUUUGUCCCAAGUGUUCCGUUGAUACCAUAGGGUGAUACCAUAGGGUGAGAUAGAAUCAAAGCUCUAGGAGAACCACUCCCACACACACGCUCUCUAAUCUGCAUUAGCCGAUUAAUUGCAUGGUAGAAAGAGAGGGAGAGAGAUAUAGGAAGAGAGGGUAGAGAAAGGGGGAGAAAGAGAGAGAGAGAGAGAGAGACACUGUUAAUCCCAGGGAGGCUGAUUGGUUUUCCAGCAGACACCCUGAGAAAGACUGCUAAUUGCUGUGUUACAGAGCAGGAGGUGAGUAUGAGACAGAGGCAACUUAUGGCUGUUUCACAAAGCAGGAGUUAUGUAAGGGGCCGAGAGAGUCUACAGUCUCCGUGGCUUGCUUGCCAGGUCUAUAGCCAGGAACAUGGAGUACUGGGCUGCUAAUAAGAGAUGCCAGGCUUAUAGCCAGGAAGAUGGAGUACUGAGCUGGGAACAAGACCCACAGGCUCUAGUCUCUAUACUCCAGUCUUUAGUGCACUGGGUGAUUGGGAACAAUCCAGUAUUCUCCAUACACAAAGUUAAUCAUUACAGGAGAGAUUUUGGUGUGAAUGUGUGCUCUUGGUGUGAAUGUGUGCUGGUAGGCCUUGGAAUUUGGGUCUACGGAAGGUCCACUCACAGGGGUGAUGUCAUCAGCAUUAGCGGCUCAUUUUGUUACGUUACAGUUUUUCUCAUCAAUCUACACACAAUACACCAUAAUGACAAAGUCAAAACAGGUUUUAGACAUUUUUACAAAUGUAUUAAAAAUAAAAAACGGAAAAAAGUAUUCAGACCAUUUACUCAGUACUUUGUUGAAGCACCUUUGGCAGCGAUUACAACCUCAAGUCUUCUUGGCACACCUGUAUUUGGGGAGCUUCUCCUCUUCUCUGCUGAUUCUCUCAAGCUCUGUCAGGUUGGAUGGGGAGUUGUCGCUGCACAGUUAUUUUCAGGUCUCUCCAGAGAUGUUCGAUCGGGUUCAAGUCAGGGCUAUGGCUGGGCCACUCAUGGACAUUUAGAGACUUGUCGUUGUCCUGUUGAAGUGCACCAGUUCCUCCUGCAGCAAAGCACCCACACAACAUGAUGCUGCCAACCCCAUGCGUCAUGGUUGGGAUGGUGUUCUUCGGCUUGCAAGCCUCCCCCUUUUUCCUCCAAACAUAACUAUGGUCAUUAUGGCCAAACAGUUAUAUUUAUAUAUUUGUUUCAUCAGAUCAGAGGACAUUUCUCAGCAAGGAAGAAGCCACUCUGUGCCAUCAGAGUCCCUGGGUUCGCGCCCAGGCUCUGUCGUAACCGGCCGCGACCGGGAGGUCCGUGGGGCAACGCACAAUUGGCCUAGCGUCGUCCGGGUUAGGGAGGGCUUGGUCGGUAAGGAUGUCCUUGUCUCAUCGCGCACCAGCGACUCCUGUGGCGGGCCGGGCGCAGAGCGCGCUAACCAAGGUUGCCAGGUGCACGGUGUACCCGCCGACACAUUGGCUGGCUUCCGGGUUGGAUGCGCGCUGUGUUAAGAAGCAGUACGGCUGGUUGGGUUGUGUAUCGGAGGACGCAUGACUUUCAACCUUCGUCUCUCCCGAACCCGUACGGGAGUUGUAGCGAUGAGACAAGAUAGUAGCUACUACAACAAUUGGAUACCAUGAAAUUGGGGAGAAAAAGGGGUAAAAUUCAACAACAAAAAAUAAAAAGGAAGAAGCCACUGCUCCGAAACCACCAUAAUAAAGCCAGACUAAGGUUUGCAACUGCACAUGAUGACAAAGAUCGUACUUUUUAGAGAAAAAAUAGAACUGUUUGGACAUAAUGACUAUCGUUAUGUUUGAAGGAAAAAGGGGGAGGCUUGCAAGCUGAAGACGACCAUCCCAACCAUGAAGCACAGGGGGGCAGCAUCAUGUUGUGGGGGUGCUUUGCUGCAGGAGGGACUGGUGCACUUCACAAAAUAAAUGGCAUCACGAGGUAGGAAAAUUAUUUGGAUAUAUUGAAGCAACAUCUCAAGACAUCAGUCAGGAAGUUAAAGCUUGGUCGCAAAUGGGUCUUCCAAAUGGACAUUGACCCCAAGCAUACUUCCAAAGUUAUGGCAAAAUGUCUUAAGGACAACAAAGUCAAAGUAAUUGGAGUGCCCAUUAUAAAGCCCUGACCUCAAUCUUAUAGAACAUUUGUGGACAGAACUGAAAAAGUGUGCGCGAUCAAGGAGGCCUACAAACCUGACUCAGUUACACCAGCUCUGUCAGGAGGAAUGGGCCAAAAUCCACCCAACUUAUUGUGGAAAGCUUGUGGAAGGCUACCCGAAACGUUUGUCCCAAGUUAUACAAUUUAAAGGCAAUGCUACCAAAUACUAAUUGAGUGUAUGUAAACUGGGAAUGUGAUAAAAUAAAUAAAAGCUGAAAUAAAUUACUCUCUAAUAUUAUUUUGACAUUUCACAUUCUUAAAAUAAAGUGGUGAUCCUAACUGACCUACGACAGGGCAUUUUUACUAGUAUUGAAUGUCAGAAAUUGUGAAAAACUGAGUUUAAAUGUAUUUGGCUAAGGUGUAUGUAAACUUCCGACUUCAACUGUAUAUGUCAUUGCUCUAUAAUCACAGGAGAACUCCUC